CCAGGAUGCUCUGUUAAAGAGGAGUAAGUGAAUUUGAUUGUCGUCAGAACUAGAUUGCCAUAUGAGUUCUGAAAAGUGUUUGGCUCACGAAGAUAACUGCUCUAAAAAUAGAUUUUUGGAGGAGAGCUUUCACUUAGGUCCAGUUUCGGGUUCCAGCUGAGCUAGCUUUAAGCAACUUGUUUGCUCUUGUUGCGAGACUACAGUGAAGAUAAUCACUUCUUAUUCUACCUUCAGCAUUACUUGUUGGAGAUACCGACACGCUCAUUUUGUCUGGAAAUUGAACGCUAAUGUUAUGGCUGAUGACACAGAGACCAAGCAUGGAGGAGGCAAGAAUGGAAAGAAAGAAGGCCUCUCUGGAAGCUCAUUUUUCACCUGGUUUAUGGUAAUUGCUUUGCUGGGAGUUUGGACAUCAGUAGCAGUUGUCUGGUUUGAACUUGUAGAUUAUGAAGAAGUCCUAGCCAAAGCAAAGGAUUUCCGUUAUAACUUGUCAGAGGUACUACAAGGCAAGCUUGGGAUAUAUGAUGCUGAUGGAGAUGGAGAUUUUGAUGUGGAAGAUGCUAAAGUAUUGCUAGGCCUAAAAGAAAGAUCUGUCCCAGAACAGUCAACAUCACCAGAAUCCGAGGAGACCGUUCAGCCUGAUGAACAGUCAUUUGUCAGAUCAGAGCACAAGAAUGCUGAUGCAGAAUUGGAAGAGGAAAUUCAGCCUGUUCUUCAUGAAGCUGUCCAUUCUGAGCCUGAAGACAGAGAUGAAGAUUUAGAUGAAAGCGUAAAUGAACAGUGGCAAGAGAAGGAAGAAACACACGGAGAAACUUUUGAAGCUCCUGCAACAGAUGACUUGCUCGGAGAAUUAGAGAAUGAAGUGACAGAGGAGUAUGAGACACCAGACUCGUUUCAAAAAGACACUGAUCCUGUAGCAGAUGAUCUUGGAGCAACACAGCCUGAAACAUUUGAAGUUCCAGUUUCAUAUGAUUAUGAUAUGGAUGUAGAGAAGACAGUAAGUGAUCCAGAAGCUCCAGGUGACACUGAACUAAUUUUAGAAGAUGCUAUCGAACAUCACACAGAGGAUAGAGUUCAUGGGGAUUAUAAUGAAGAACAUGAACCAAAACAUGAAGAGGAGACUGAGAGUCAAGAUUCAGCUGUGGAGGACCUUCCUGAGGAAGUACAUGAAACCACAGAGCAAGGUGAAAAUGUUGAAGAUCUGGAUAUUGAUAAAAAGAUGUCAGUAGAAAGUAAACAUACAGAAGAUAACCUGGCCACUGAACCAGAGGAAUCAGAAAUCCCUGUUCAAACUGAGGAUUAUUCAAAUGAUAAUCAAAUGGGAAAAGGUGAAAAAGAGACUGAACAAGACAAAGCAGAAAAAGCUAAAAAGAAAAAGAAGCCAAAGCUCUUGAACAAGUUUGAUAAGACCAUUAAAGCUGAACUAGACACUGCAGAAAAAUUACGUAAGAAAGGAAAAAUUGAAGAAGCUCUAAGGACCUUUGAAGCAUUGGUGAAUCAAUAUCCAGAAAGUCCUCGAGCAAGAUACGGAAAAGCACAGUCUGAAGAUGACUUAGCUGAGAAAAUGAGAAGUAAUGAGAUGCUGCAAAAAGCCAUCAACACCUAUGAUGAGGUGGUUAGUCUGCCAAAUGUCCCUUCAGAUCUGAUAAAACUGAGCUUGAAACGAGAAGCUGACAGGCAGCAAUUUCUUGGUCGCAUGAGAAGUUCCCUGGUUACUCUACAGAAAUUAGUUCAUCUGUUUCCCGGUGAUACAUCAUUCAAGAAUGACCUUGGUGUUGGUUACCUCCUGAUAGGAGACAACAGCAAUGCCAAGAAAGUGUAUGAAGAGGUUCUACGUCUGGCUCCAAAUGAUGGCUUUGCCAAAGUACAUUAUGGCUUCAUCCUGAAGGCAGAAAACAAGAUAGCAGAGAGCAUACCCUAUCUAAAGGAAGGACUGGAGUCUGGUGACCCUGGCACAGAUGAUGGACGCUUUUACUUUCAUCUGGGAGAUGCCUUGCAGAGAAUAGGAGACAAAGAGGCAUACAAGUGGUAUGAACUUGGAUAUCAAAGAGGUCAUUUUGCAUCAGUCUGGCAGCGCUCCCUCUACAACGUGAAGGGAUUGAAAGCUCAGCCUUGGUGGACAGCGAGGGAAACUGGUUAUACUGAACUGGUGAAGUCCUUAGAAAAAAAUUGGAAACUUAUUCGGGAUGAGGGGCUUGCUGUGAUGGAUAAGAAAAAAAGCCUCUUCUUGCCUGAGGAUGAGAAUCUGCGAGAAAAGGGAGACUGGAGUCAGUUUACUUUAUGGCAACAAGGAAGAAAAAACGAGAAUGCUUGCAAAGGUGUUCCGAAAACGUGUGCUUUAUUGGAAAGAUUCCCAGAAGCUACAGGCUGCCGAAGAGGGCAGAUCAAGUAUUCUGUAAUGCAUCCAGGGACUCACGUAUGGCCCCACACAGGGCCCACCAAUUGUCGGCUACGGAUGCAUUUGGGCUUGGUGAUACCUAAAGAAGGCUGCAGAAUUCGGUGUGCCCAAGAAAACAGAACCUGGGAAGAAGGGAAAGUUCUUAUUUUUGAUGACUCUUUCGAGCAUGAAGUGUGGCAGGAUGCUGAAAAUUAUCGCCUGAUAUUUAUUGUUGAUGUGUGGCACCCAGAGUUAUCAGCACAACAGAGACGUACCCUUCCUGCUAUUUAAGGGGUUACUUCUGAUGUGAAGAGCAGAGGAGAGAGGACCCUUCAGAGUAUGCAAAUAGAAGCAUGCAGGGUUAAUUUAUCCUGCAUAUGAGGAAUACUAGUAUUAAAAGGGUUAGAAGAGAUAACAAUGGCAUUUUACAAUUACAGAGGACUUGAGUUUGAAAAAAAAAAAAAAAAGGCAAGCCAUGUUUUUUUGUUCAUUUUUUCUUUUUUUUUUUUUUUUCCACACUGAUACAGCACUGAUAUGUAUUGUUUUUCUGGCUACAAGUCUGAAAAUACAAAUCUUGUCAGCCAAAGAGCAAUAGGUCUGGUUUUUCAAGCUGAGGAAUGUGCAGAUGUUUUUGCUAUGCUGUACUAUGCAUACAAAACCAAUCAGUUACCUGCCUGGCCAUGUUCGGGCACAAGAUUUGCUAUACUACAUCCAGGAAACGCUUCCCAGGUUUCUAUCUGGGUAGCAGCAUGUGAGUUAUUUAUAGACGUAUGCAUACAAUCAACUUUGAAAAUCAUGUGCAGUUGCAAUGUUACUGCUUUAGGUAUAAGAUAUGUCCCUAUAUUAUCAACUGUAGAUAAUGUGAAUGGGUUAUGUGUGUUUUGUAUUUUUUCUACCUAUUUUUCUAGCAUAAUUAUGAACAGAUUUUUAAUCAACCACUAUUUUUAAAAAUAAUGUAUAUACAUAGUACAUCUCUAGCUAUAAGCAGAAGGAAAAGACUGUAUAUGAACAAAUUUCAUUUCUGCCAACUGUGGCCUUUGCAUUUCCAGGGAGGCAAGAGAAUAGAAACUCGCAUAAUCAGCUUCUUAGGGUUGCUCUUCUAAAACAAAAUAGUUCUCUUAGCAGGUAACCUUAAAUUUUGUAAUGUGAUUCUGGAAGUUGUUGAGCAAAUAUGACAUCUGUAGACUUGGAUCUUCAAGUGCUCAACAGUUCUUAAGAUUAUGUGGUGAACUGCUGUUCUUCCUAUCGUUAUAAAAGCUUGAGUUGUGAUAACUAUUUUCUACCCAGCAAGAGUUUGAGGCACCUUCUUCCAGGGGCUCCUUUUAGGUUGGAUGGUCAUUCUUCUGCUGCCAGCAUCCUACAGAGUGCUAGAAUGAUCCUUUAAUUGAGCUUAUGGUAUUCCCUUUGCCUUGCAAUGCAUGAUGCAAUACUGAAGCAGUCUUAUUACAGUACCAUUUACAGUAUACUCUGUAUUUGCUAUACAGAAUUUACUAUAUGGUAAAAAGCCCUUAUUUUGAAGAGAGAAAACUUCAUGGAUGUUUAAAGCAGUUUGCUGAUUUUUGCAUCUUUGCUAUUUCAAAGGAGAUGGAGGGUGCAGGACCCUCCACUGUUAACUUCUGAGAACACUAACAGGGAAGACAGACCAGAGGUUGCACUGAUGUUGUUCAUGACUGGCUGUUAUCAACUGACCUGCAAAACCAGUGGGGUGUGGAUAGGUGUGCUAGGAUGCUCCGCUCUCACCAAGCCUGUCAAGAGCAGAGGCAUCUCUAGCAUGGGUUGUGAGAGACAGGUACUAUGCAAGGAGACAUUAACGUUACUUAGUCUUCACAGCUUUGGCUUCAUUGUCCAAAGGAUACCGAACAGUUGUCUUAUUUCUUUAAUGUUCAGUGGUUUUGUACUGCAGAGACAAUGUCAUGGUACCUAAGUAUUAUGGGCACUACAGCACAUACUGCAUGAUCAGAAUGCAACAUUUGCUAAGCAAAAUACAGGUUUGCAUUUCCAUCAAUUGAAUGCUUUUCAGACUUGUAUUUUAUUAAGUAAUUAAAUCUUGUAAUGCCACAUAACACAUGGUGAUUGCACCAUAAUUUGUUGUAACCAGUUUCUGGAGGUGUGCACUUUAAUUUCCUUUUUGACUAUUAGAAAUAAAUAAAACAUGCUGAUAUUCUCUCUGAUCAAAAGUAAGUUUUAGGCAGCAAUGUUAAUUAGGCUUUAAUGUGUUGUCCAAAUCAACAAUAACAGAGUACCAUCUACAAGAAGGUAACAGUUCUCAGUUAAUCAUGAUGAAAGCUGAAGAGAUUUGUUUCACACUUUAAAACAUACAGAAAUACUUUUGGAGAGCUUUAGGAGAAUCAUGUACAAAACUUGAAAUAACAUACCUUUUAUAUCAAGGGGCCGUAGUAAAAUAAAGUUAAAAAAUUAAGUCAGAGGCUGCAUUUUGUAUCUCUGUACAGUGAACAAGCAGUACAAAUUAUAAACUAUUUUGUAAUUCUGUAAAAUAAAGAAAUAGUUUGUAAAGGAGGAAUCAAGAACUGUUUAAACUAAAACUAGUGGCUUAGGAGUAUUUUAAUUAAUAUUGCAUUUUAGUUUCUAUAGCUCGAAAUAGACACUAAAGCAAUGGUAAAAAGUUUAGAGCUUUAUUUAUAAAAAUCCAUGCUGUCCUUCAGAUUGUAUCAACAAAUAGAUCAAAGUAAUCUACUCCAAAUUUGUGUGUGCCAAAGUAGCACUCGUCAUUAAAUUUUGUAGUGACAUAUUGGCCAUUUGCAAUCUUAAGUGCCUUGAAUGUGACAAGGUAUAUUGUGAAUAGCUGCUGCAACACUAAAGUGAUUCAACUCUCUGCCUACCUGUCAAGGAGCUGAGAGCAUCUUUUUUUUUGUUAGAUACUUUUAUUGAAUUAAGUACAUAAAUGGUGAGGAGAUAUAUAGCAGAACAUGGACAUUAGGCAGCGAAUAAGUGGUAUAUUAUCUUAUGUAUUCCUCUUUGCCAUCCAGUAUUUCAUGUUGAAAAAGCUUUUACACAUUGAAAAUGCCAAUGGAUGAAGUGAAUGGAAAUGCUUUUUAAAUGGAGAGCCAUUGCAAAUUAAACAUUUUGUUCUUCAGAUGUAUUUACAGAGGGAAGUGCCAGAGCAGGGCAGUAUAGCCUCCUAUUUAUAACGUGGUACGUACUUGUCACGAUGUUAAGAGGUAGAUUCCUUCCCGCCUGUAGCUCUUGCAAGCGCAGAGUUUGUAUAAGCUCCUACAGUUACACAGGAUGCCCUGUAUAUCUGUAUUUAUUUAUCCAUGUCACAGUCAAAAAGUAAAUAAUUCUGACCUUCAAUAAUUAAUCUUCAAGGGCUAGAAUUCAGUGAUAUUUUCAGUUCUUGGGCAAAACCUCUCCCACUUGAAUGAACAGUAAUAGGUCAUCCCAAAGAUUCAAUAGCAGUGACAUUAAGUGUCUUAACA